AUGUUUCGUUUUACCGGCGUUUCUCGCCAGAGGGCGGGGGCUGUCUCCCACCCUCCCUCUCUGGCCUCUCUCUCGGCUGCGUGUUCCCCUCCUCGUCUGGUGAAAGCACAGACGCCUCGCAUCUGCAGAGCUUCGUCUUCUGACAAUUCUUCUCCCUCUCAAUCCUCUCUCUUGUGCUCACCUGCAGCUGUGUCUCCUGGCCUCCUUUCUUCUCUGGCCCCUCCUGUUCUGCCUCUUCCCCGCGGAUCCGCGUCUCCCCUCGUUCCUGUCUCCUCUCUCAACACUGUACCCUCUCCCUCUCCUGCCUCUUCUCUCUCUCCUGUCGCCGCUCUCUCUCCUGUCUCCUCUGUCGCUUUUGCCUCGUCCGCUUUUUCUUCUCUUGCGGCGAAACCGACGAAAGACGGAGAUCAGCCAGGCGCGCCUGCAUCGGCGGGAAGCCCCAGCGCGGAAGUCUCCACAAAAGCCGACCCCGUCCCGGCGGAGCCCAGAGUCGAGGAGACACUUGAGGAGACAGGAGACCCUACGCAGCAGCUCGAGUUCUGGGUAACUCGCCUGCGUGCAGACAAGGACAGCGGGGCUCUUUACAUGUUGAGAGACAUUCUCAAGAAGCCCGAGAAAGUCGGACGUCCCGCGACGAGCGCUUCUGCCUCGCCUUCCCUCGGGGAACGGUCAGAUAAAGCGCCAAGCCAAGAUGCUAGCCACGCUUCCUGCCUUCCGCUGGAGACAGAAGACAUUCUUGAUCAGCUGCAAGAUCUCUUGCGAGCCCAUGGCGAAAUGACAGCAGAGGUUGGAGAGCUUCUGAGUUACCGACACCAGACGAGGCGAGAGGGUAGACAGGAGCUUCUUGCGCUCGGCUUCACAGGAUUUUCCACUGCGUUUGCGGCGGCGAUCCACCCCUUUUUCUUCCUCGGUACCCUGAUCGGCAUGCGCUCCCUUUUAAAAGCUCGCGCACCUGAACUCGAUCGUGAAGCUGGGGCGCGACGGCUUCAGGAGAUCCGAGACUCUCUCCAGACUCAGGAGAAACAGAUCUUCAAACUUUCAGAGAUGCUGCUGGAGUUGGAGGGCGUGAAACGCCCGACACACGGCGCACACACGGGAGAGAGAAACGGAAACCGCGUUUGA